AUGAAUGAUAAUAAUUAGUUUGCUGGUGCAACUGCUGCCGAAUCAUUAAGACCAACUGGAAUUUAACUAUUUCAAAUGCUAAGACAUUUAGACUUAGCAACUAAAUGUGAAAUGUUUAUGUAUGAAUUGCAAUCGAGCAUAUUCUGGGCAUCGAUUAUUGAGCUUUGUAUGUUCCUUCUAGGCUUCAUACUCUUCUGUGUGGUUCCAGAAUUAAUGGCCUUUAUCUGGCUGCAUGUUUUCCAUAUUCCUCGAUCAAUCCUCGGCUUCAUUCUAUUGAAAAAUCUCCCAAGAUCUCACGAUAUAGUUGCCUAGCUAGAAAUUCCUGAUAAUCACUAUGGAUUAGAGUAAAUUUCAGAGUUACUCAAGGAAAAUAUAAAGAAAAUCUUUAUGAAAAGUGCUGAUGAAUGUAAAGGUCUCCUUUUAGGUUACUGUAUCUUAACUCUAAUCAGCACCACCUUUGACUUCAUUGAAUUUUUGGUUUAGUUUAUAAGAUUUGGCAGAGAUGGUGACGAACAUUCUGAGCUUGCAAUGCUUGCAUUAACUCUUAUAUUUUUGGCUCUUGAUUUCUAUUAUAUUGUAUGGGUUGUACAAGCUAAAGAUAAAUUUGAGCCAGAAAUCUCAAACCACCUUACCAGAGCACUAUUCGGAUUCGCCAAUGACUUGGUAAGACAACUAGGAUAGAAAGCUGGACUUGAUCCAUUAUCAAAGAGAAUGGCUGGAUUUGUUAACUCAAAGAUUAAAAGAAAUAAUGAUAUUGGAGAUGAUUAGAAUGGAACAGUAGACUAACUCUAAAAUAGUACAACAAAAAAAUAAUGA